AUGGAUGAAAGUGCCGAUGAUCUCAUUGAUCUCCUGACCUAUGUAUGUCCCUUCAGUGGGAAGAAGCGGGUGGCUGGCUUGGAUAAUGGGGAGCUGUCCAUGAAGAAGCUGAAAAUUGAACCUGCAGAUCAAGAAGAAGUUCUGAUUUACCAAGACUAUUUUGAUAGACUCGGUCCUUCCCAGCAGCCACCAUCCCCGGCCAUCACAGCUGAGACCACCUGCACACUGAAGAAACUUGCUGACAGCUUUGAUGCUGAAACCUUUGACUGGAGUCUCACCCGGUCACAUGGCCUAUUCAAUCGUUGUCCUAAGGCCUCUUGCAAGCACAUCGUUCAGAUUGCAAGGGAUGAGGUGGAAGCGAAUCCAAGGGCUACUGUUGCUGCAACGAAGGCGAUCAACAUUACGCUGACCUUCCUCUAUCGGAACGGACUUUGGAUUCGAGACACUGAUGCCCGAAAGUUAUCGGAUUGGAUCUUUAGCUUUUUGGGACACUAUUCAGUGCUGGCUGAUCUAUCGGUCAGGAGGGGUAAAUCGCGGUUCCCUAUGUACCCGAAAAAUCACAUGGUGUGCCAUGAUGCCCUAGAGAUACGAAAAAAGGCUGAAACCUGUGAAUGGCAAUUGUCUCCUUUGGCUACAUCUUGCCAGCAGCAAGAGGACUUCAUUGGAAAACCAUCCAAGUUAUCCAGGUCUACAAAUAUCCGACAGGCACACAGAUCUGUAAUUUGGCGGAGCAUGAUCAAAAUAAGAUUUUGUUUGCUAGACUCUGGCAAAGACCAGCGUGGCAUGGAUGCAUACAUGGGAUGA